AUGAGCCGCAGCGCGUGGCUCGCUCGCCGCCCACACCACCCGCAACAGGUGCGGGCGAGCCACCCCGCACGGCCGGGAUGCUGCGGCGCUCCCGCGGGCCACCCCGCGGCUCGCAGGACCACCCCGCAGAGCCACCGCCUACCUGGCCCCGGGGACACCGACAUCCGCGCGCGCCCUGAGGUCCCCGCCGAGCCUCCCUUCGCCCGAUCCUCGCUCCGCCUCCCGCUCGCGUCCGCACACUUCGCCCGGGUGCUGCCAAGUCUUUCCCCCGCGGUCGCAUCAGGAAGGUGGCUCCAUCCUCCCCCGCUCACCCUCCCCUUGGCCUCCUCCAGCUGCUCCAAUCGGACACGCGGCUCCCAGGGCUGCGCUCACCUGACCAGCGGAGCGGGGGUGGCCGCCCAAGGCGGCGCGCCCUCGUCUGCGCAGCGGGCUGCCAGGUCCGGCCCUCCGGCGGCCGGAACGCCCUGCCUUGGCCGUCCCUAA